CAAAAAGGAAGAGAAGAAAAGUUUGGUGAAGUAGCAAGCAAGUCCGUCAGAAGUCAGAACGGCCCAGACGCAAGGAAAACGGAAAGACGGCAGUCGGCGGGGAGCAACUCAACAAGGGAGACGGCCAGUUCCGGUGGAGCCUGGUAAUCAAGUAACCGGUGAACCGUGAACCCACUUUUCCAAAAACCGCUUGCAAGCAUAGGGUUUAUUCUCGGGCGGAAUCUUUCUCGUCUCUUCCUCCUUGGCCGCAAUAGAAUGGCCGCGUCGACGACCUCGUCCGUGGCGGCGCUUAUAAGGAAAGCGAGAUUCGCCGCCGACUCCUCUUCGUCUUCUUCAACCACCGCAGCUCGCUUCCUUCCGCCCGGCAAACUUCAUUUGUCGAUGGGCCCUGUAUCUUGUUGGAGGACCAUCACCACCACUUCCAUAGAUUCUUCUUAUUUCGCUUCGAACUCCACUACUACCACCGCAGCUUUCUGUUGCUCCUCCGCAGCCACAGCAACCUCGUUUACUUCGGAGUUCACUUCUGUGAUUAUUGACGGGAAGAAAGUUUCAAAAGAAAUCAGAGACGAAAUCCGUGCUGAGAUAACUAAGAUGAAGGAUUCAAUAGGCAUCACUCCUGGUCUGGCAGUCAUUCUGGUUGGCGACAGGAAGGAUUCUGCAACUUAUGUUCGCAACAAGAAAAAGGCAUGUGAAGAUGUAGGGAUCAGUUCAUAUGAGGUGCGAUUACCUGAAGAUUCAACAGAGGAGGAAGUUCUUAAGCAUAUUUCCAGGUUCAAUGAUGAUCCAUCUGUUCAUGGUAUUCUUGUCCAGUUGCCUCUACCUUCGCAUAUGAAUGAGCAGAAGAUAUUGAAUGGUGUUAGCCUUGAGAAAGAUGUUGAUGGAUUCCACCCACUGAACAUUGGGCGUCUCGCCAUGCGGGAUAGGGAACCAUUGUUUGUUCCGUGCACUCCAAAGGGAUGCAUUGAGCUGCUGCAUAGGUAUGGCAUUGAGAUCAAAGGGAAAAGAGCUGUUGUCAUUGGCAGGAGUAACAUUGUUGGAAUGCCUGCUGCUCUUCUUCUGCAAAGAGAAGAUGCCACUGUGAGUAUUGUGCAUUCUAGGACAAAGGACCCAGAGGAAAUUACAAAACAAGCAGAUAUCAUAAUAUCAGCCGUAGGGCAACCAAACAUGAUCAGGGGUAGCUGGAUCAAGCCCGGUGCAGUUAUCAUCGAUGUUGGUAUCAAUGCAGUCGAGGAUACGACAAGCCCCCGAGGGUAUCGGCUAGUAGGGGACGUUUGUUUUGAGGAAGCUAGAAGGACCGCUUCGGCAAUAACUCCAGUUCCAGGAGGAGUUGGACCCAUGACUAUAGCAAUGCUUCUCUCUAACACGCUCACAUCAGCCAAACGGAUCCAUAACUUUUUCAUUUGAGUCAUUGCAAUAGUAGUUGUAGUUCUAACCGCAAGUCAAGAUGGAUCACACUUGCUUGAUUUUUGGCGUUGGUACGAAGCUCUAUGAAUAGAGAAGUUUUAUUUUAAUGUG